AUGGCGGAUGUUUUCUGCGGGUCGGGACGGACUCCAGACUUGUUUUUCAGGCGUCCUAGGAACAACAGCUCCUCCUACGCGAAGCGGCACUUUCCUCGCUUCAGGCUCAGCUAUGCUUUUUGCGACGCAAAUCUGACGGUUGAGAAGAAGGUGCUGUUUGCCCUCGACAAGGCCUUCAAUGUGUUCGGCUUUUUCGGUGCCAAUGGAAACGACGACGCUGGAGAAAGGCGGCACGAAACGCGAACACCAGAGCACGCGCCCACAGGACUAAUUCGUUAUCCUCUUCAAAAACUGGCUACUAUAGUUGCCAGCCUAUCUUGCGUCGAUUCCCCCCUUUCAAGAGCGAUCGUCCCGGGAAUGGACCAAGAAGAUUCAUUCCCAUUUGCUGAAAUGGUGCUCGAGGUGGAUGUAAAGGUUGGAGGAAGCCGGCUGGCUAUGCGGGUGGAACUUUACACCUCUGACAGUGACGGCAGUUGUUCUUUGUCUUCGGUGUCCCGUGAGCGGUACCAUGCACUCGUGUCCGUCCAAGGUGGACUGCAUUCCUGCCGACAGUGCACCUAUGCGACCAAGAACAGUGCAAACAUGCGAACACACCUUCGCAGACACACCGGCGAGCGGCCCUUCCAGUGCCACUUGUGUCCAGCUGCAUUCUUUCGGGACAGUCAUCUCGCAGGACAUAUUCGCACGCACACAGGAGAGCGUCCCUAUUCCUGUGACGUAUGCAGUGCAUCGUUCUCAGAAAGGUCAAAUCUCUUGAAACACAUUCACACCCACACAGGAGAGCGUCCCUAUUCCUGUGAUGUAUGCAACACAUCAUUUUUGCGAAAAUCCCACCUCAUAAACCACAUGCGUACCCACUCAAGAGAGCGUCCAUUUUCCUGCGACCAAUGCCGUGCAUCAUUCUCGCAGAAAAUGUCUCUUGUGAGACACAUGCGCAACCACACAGGGACGCGUCCUUUUUCCUGUGACUACUGCAGUGCAUCGUUCUCACGGAAUCAGGACCUCGUGCUGCACGUGUCUCGUUAUCAUGAAACCAACAUGCCGUGAAA